UGAACCGGAGUAACGCUGUCGCCACGCCGCUCGGACGACAGUAUUGUGGAAGUUGCGGGCUCCCUGACAUGCGCAGAGCGGGAGGCGGCGGCGGCGGCCGGCGCUGCUAACGUGUCACUGAUUGAGCUCUGCUUCUCUGUCGGCAGCCAUGGAAGACGAGGAGCGGCAGAAGAAGCUGGAAGCGGGCAAGGCCAAGCUUGCCCAAUUCCGGCAACGGAAAGCUCAAACUGACACCCAGAAUCCAGUAAAGAAACAAAGGAAGAAGAAAGUAGCCUGCAGAGCAGAGGAACAGCUGCCACGUGUCACAUCUAAGCAGAACUUGCAAGGUGGUGAUGCUCAUUCAGUGAGAGGACCAGCAAGUGAUGGUGCAGAUUUCAUCAUUAAAAGGACUUUGCACAGUGGUGAUGUGAUCAGACAGGAUCAGAUGUAUACCAUUGAGGCAGAGAGUGAAGUAUCAACAACAGCUGAUGACUGUACCUCAGAGGGAAAUGGUUGUACAGUGCAACAAGAAAUACUAUUUAAAGCAGAAGAUAUGACAAGGGAAGAGGAAUUUGGCAUAUCAGACAUCUGCUCUGAGCAUGAUACUCAGCCAUUUCAGAAUAGAUUCGAGCUAAUGGACGAUGAUUUAACAACAAAACAUGAGGAGGUUGAAGAGCUGAACAGGGAGCCUGAAGAAUUGAUUGAUGCAGGAGGUUUACAACAGCUACAGGAUUUUGAAGCUGCAAUCAAGCAGAGAGAUGGUAUUAUAACUCAACUUACUGAUAAGCUACAACAAGCAAGGAAGGAAAAGGAUGAGAUUCUGCAAGAAUUUUUGGACUUGACAGAACAAAGUCAAAAGCUACAAAUUCAGUUUCAACAGUUGCAAGCAAGUGAAGCAGUGAGAAGUACUAGCCACGGUACAACAGCAGCUGACCUAAUUCAGUCAAAGCAGCAACUUGUUGCAUAUCAAAUGCAGAUCGAUGAUCAGGAACAACAGCUGAAAACUUCUCAAAAAAUAAAUCAGGAAUGCCAAGACCAAAUAAAAUACUUGCAAGCUCAACUUCAAGAUCAAUUAACGAAUGCCAAUGAAAAAACUGACCAAGCCCAACUAAUUGAAUAUCUUGAACAAACAAUAAAGGGUCAUGAAAGUGCCAUAUCACUGUUGAAAGAUAAAAUGCUUGCUUCUGAAAAAAUAGUUCAAGAUUUAAAUGAGCGUAUUUUGCAAAAGAAUCAAGAAGCUGAGAACCUAAAAAUAGAACUAAUGAGUUCAAAACAAAGGGAAAGACAGUCAUCAGAGGAAAUAAAGCACCUUAUGGGUAAUGUAGAGGCCCUCCAGAAACGCUGCCAUAUGGGCAAUUUAUCCGAAUUGGAAACAGUACAAAGGAUUGAAGUAGAAAAUCAACGCAAGAUGGACCAACUUCAGGCAGAAUUGGAUGAGAUGUAUGGAAAACAAAUAGUACAAAUGAAACAAGAAUUGCAGCAACAACAUGCUUCGGAAAUUAGAAAACUUACUGAGCAUCAUAAAUCUGAAAUGGAAAAGGCUCUGGGCCAUUCUGUGAAUAACCUAGUUAAUGAAGAGCAAAUUAAUGUGUUAAAUAUGGCAAUCAAUGAAUUAAAUGCCAAAUUACGAGAUUCUCAUUUUCAAAGAGACCAAAUAAGGCAAGAUAUGACACAACAGUUAGAAAAAGCUUCUGAGAAACAGAUAGAGCUGCAGAACCAAGUCCAGGAUCUUUUGGAAGAGCUGAAUUUCACUAAAGAUCAAAUGCGGAAAGCAUCAGAAAAUAUUACAGAUCAGAAGUACAAAAUGCAGGAAGUAGAAGAACUGAAAGACGUGGUUGACCAGUUGAAGGCCCAACUUGAUGCUGCAUUGGAAUCUAAUAAAGAACUGGAGUCUAAACAUGAAGCAGAAGUUACCAACUACAAAAUUAAGCUUGACAUGCUGGAGAGAGAAAAAGAUGAAGUUUUGGACAGAAUGGCUGAAUCUCAGGAAGCUGAAUUGGAGAGAUUAAGGACUCAACUUCUAUUCAGCCAUGAAGAAGAGCUAAGUAAGCUGAAAGAAGAUCUAGAAAGAGAUCACAAGCUGAAAAUGUGUACUGUUCAAGAGCAAAUGGCUUUGAAUCAGAGUCAGCAAUUGGUCAGCUUGCAAAAAGAACUUGGAAAGAAGAUUGAAGAGGUGAAUUGUGAAAAGGAUAAUAUGGUCAUUAAAAAUAAUCAAUUGUUAUGUGAGGUGAAUUUACUAAAAGAGGAAAUAGAGUUGUCACAGAAGAGUUCCAUGGAAGCUGAAAUGCGUUUGCAAAUAAGUGAACUUGAAAUGGAAAUUAAAGCACUAAGAAAAAAUGAAAAAGAAAAGAGUACACUUGAAGAAGAAGUCUUUGAGCUACAAGCCAAAAGAAAUCUUUUGGAAGAACAGAUCAAGGAACAAGAAACUAUGAAUGUAGAAAUUACUGUGCUUCAGGAAGAAAAUGAGGCCCUAAAAAAGAUAAAAAAAGAAAUGGAAGAGAAGUUGAAAACUCAAAUUGUACCUGAAGUGAGUAAGUUAACAUUGCUUAGCGAACAGGAUCUUUCAGAAAUGAGAGGACAAAUAGAAAGGCUUACUGUGGUUAAUGAACACCUUGGAGCCCGUGAGAGACAGCUCAAAGAAGAAGUUGAGAGGCAAAGAAACACUUUUUCCUUUGCAGAAAAAAAUUUUGAAGUUAACUUUCAAGAAUUGCGUGAUGAGUAUGACUGCCUGUUGAAAAUGAAAUUUGAUAUAGAAGAAAAAAUGCUUAAGCAAGAAGUUGAAUAUGAGACAAAGUUGAAGGCCUUAAGUGAACAACUCCAGCUUUCAGAAUCAAGGAAAGACACUGAUGAUUUCACAGUGAUAAGACAGAUGAAGCUAGACAAAACUCUUGAUGAUUCCAGUAGCCAAUCUGAAAUUUUAGGAAGCAGAGAAGUCAUUGAAAAGGAUGCUACUGAACUCAUGGAAAAGCUUGAAAUAGCUCAACAGGACAAGAAAGAGCUAGCUGAGAGACUUUCAGAUCUUUCAGAGGUCUUAAUUUUAAGGCAAAAUGAAAUCUUGCAUUUAAAAGAGGAGCUUAAGUCUUUAAAGGAACAAACUAUUGAAAGAUGUGAGAAAACUGACAUAAUAGAGAAUCAGAAGCUGAUGAUCCAAGAAGGUAAACUGUCCCAAAUGAAUUUGAUAAAAGCAAAGAACGAACGUCAAUCUAAACAGCCAGAUUUUACUGUGACCAGUAAGCUAAAGGAAAACGAACAACAAGAAAAUCUAAUAGAGCAAAUCAUUUCACUACAAAAUUCAAUGAAAAUUAUUGUCUCAGAAAGAGACGAGUUGCAACAAAAUCAGAUUAAUCUGAUUCAAGAAAAAGAAUCUUUAUUAACUGAAAUUAAGAUGUUAAGAGAAAAGCAUAUAUCUGAACUUUCGGGCGGUUUACAGACUGAAAGAGAUCCUUGUUGGCAUCAUUUGGAGUCUGGUCAGUCAGAGCAAUCGGGCUUUGCUGAACUUACACCGCAGAAGUCUUUCCUGGAAGAAAUCUUUCACAAAAAUGGAGAGGAAACUAAACAUACGUUGAUUAUUGCUCAGCAAGAAAAACCAGUAUGGGAGAAAGUUGAAGAUCAAUCUGGAGGAUCUGUUUGUGAACUGAAUUCUGAGCCAAAUGAAAAUCAGGCUGAGCUAAAGCUUCAGUUGGAGGCUCAGCAUAUCAGUCUUACUCAGAUUUAUGCUGCUCAACUGGAGCUUGUCCGUGACAAUUUGAAAAAUGAAUCGGAGGUUGCUCUGGAAAGACUGCAGGAAAGGCUCGCAGCUGCUCAUGCAUUGGAAAUAAAUGAACUUCGAGCACAGUUCCAGCAGGAAAUACUGAACAUUCAAGCAUCUCAGAAAGGCACUGAAGAAUCAUCACAAAUGCUGGUGGAAAGGCUCAACAUGAUGAUUUCUGAUGAGUGUUUACAGCUGUCCCAGGCAUUUGCCAGUACAUUAGGUGAAGAUUAUUUGAUAGAAAAGAGAAAGUCUCAGAAGCAACCUGAGGAAGUUAUAACACCAGGAAACACAGACUACAAGGAAGAGGAAAACCAGGUGCAUAAAGACCCUGUUGAGGAAGCAAAAGCAAUGCAAAUAAAUCUAGAGAGACUUCAAAAAUACCUCCUUCAAGAGUACAAUCGGCUGGUAGCUCUUCAAACACAAUUAGCUAGUGAUCUCAAAAAGAUUGAAGAUCGCCAGGCUGCUUACCUAAAUUUGCAAUCACAAACCGAAGAAGAAAAUAUUAGAUUGCGUAUGCAGAUAGAAAGCACUCAUGCUAGUUCUCAAGACCUUAAUGAUCUUAAGGAGCAGCUAAAAAUCCGGUCAGCUCGGCUUGAAGAGAUUGUAAAGCUAAAGCAAGCAUUUUGCCAACAGAAGACAGAAUUGGAAGAGCAACAUUCAGAAGAAAUAAAAAAUUUGAAGACUUCUUAUGAAAAGCAGUAUCAAGAAAUGGAGCCCAAGUAUGUCGGAGAAAUUGUCUGUUUACAACAAAAGCUACAAAAAAUAACUGGCUUUAGUCCUCAAUCCAGGACAGGAAUAAAUGAGACCAUUGACAAUGUGACUGGAAGUUCUGUUGUUGAGGCAGAACAACGAAGAGCAGAGGAGCAUAAGGUUGAGUUGGACGUAAACAGCAUUCAGGAGCAACCAAGGCACAUGGAUCAUCAAGAGCUUUUGCAACAAGACCAGAAUUUGACAAAGAAAUUGCAUGGUUUGGAAGUGAAAUACCAUCAAAAGCCAGAACAAAUCCAGUCUAUAGUAACAUGUUGUGGUCCAGACAGGAAAGGAGUUGGAGAUGAGUCAGACAAAUUUGCUGGUGGGGAGCCUAUUUCAAGUGUCCAAAGUUUGAAUGAAAUCCUCACAGAAGUUUCAUUACAAGGGACUGAAGAAGAUAAGGAAGUUGCUUAUUCUGCACGUCAUCUGGAAAAGCAAUAUGAAGAACGGAUGCAGGAAGAAAUUGCCAAAGUAAUUGUUCAGAUGUCUGUACAGUUUGCUCAGCAGACCGAGAUGGCGAGGGUGAAAAAGGAUGUGGAAGAUGAGCCUAAUACUUGCAAAGUGAGUGAUGAAGAACGGAGGAAAGAAGUGGAAUGUACUCUCAAACAAGAUCUGCAGUUUCAGUUUGAUGCAGAGAGAAAACAAAUGGAAGAAUUGUUUUCAAAAGAAAAGGAGGAGCUUCAGGAAACACUAAAACAGAAGAAUGCUGAAAUUCUUUCUAUUCAGAGGCAAAUGCAAGAUUUCAGGAUUAAAUAUAAAUUGGGAACAUGUGAUGUGAUAUCAGAAGCUGCUUUACAGGAAGAAUUUCUGAAUGCUGAACAAGAAAUGUUCAGGGAUUCUUAUGCUGCAGGUAAUUCCAGUCUAAAAGAAAUAAGCUUGGAAUAUAAAAUGGAAGAUGGCGAGUUCGAGAACCAAGAAGUUGCACAGGAGAGACUAGAAGACAUGAGGCAGGAGCUUGUUCGACAAGAUCAGGAGCAUCAGCAAUCAUUAGAAGCUUUACGACAGUUGCAUACACAGCAAUUGGAGAGGUUGCAAGAAGAGCAGGAAGAAUUGUUGGCUGAGGUGGAAAAAUUAAAGGGGCAGCUUCAGGAGACUACUCCUGCUUAUAACGUGAAAGUGGUAUCACAAAAUGAAAGAAUGCUCGCAGAACUGGAAUGUUUUCCUGCAGCUGGAGAGGAAAGGCUCCCUUUGGAAUAUUAUAACAGCAGUACACAGACAGAGAUGAGUGAGAGAGAAGACCAGCAUACAUCCCCAAAGCAUUCUGAACAAUGUAAGAACAUACCAUCAUCGUUUGAAGAAAAGUCUGAAGAAGCAAAUCAAAGUGUCCUCAUAAAUCAAAGAAAUAGUUUACAAAAGGCCAAUGGCAGACUUCUGAAAGUUUUGUCAGAAGUGGUUAAGACGACGGCGGCUGCAGAAGAAACUAUCAAUAGGCACAUUUCAGCCAUUGUGGAAAGAUCAGUGAAAGGACAACUUCCUUCAAGAACGUCUCUGUGGGAACAAGAUGCACAAGAUUCUAUUGAUCAAUUGAAACCGUUCACACUUCAUAGUCAGGGAAAAGAUCCAUACUGUGGUACAGGGAGCAGUUCUUCAGCCACUGUGGAGAUGCUGCUGAGGAGGGUUCUGGCACUGCCUUGCCCUGUAGCAGAAGAUGAGCAGCCAGAUUCCUAUCCUGGUACUGAUACAGAAGGAGAUGUUACUACUCUGUGGUCAGGAGGGACAGAUGAAGGACCGGAACAGGAUCACAACUUCACACAGGAUGUUUUCAGUGGUGGAGAACUAGAUUCUGAGACUGAAGAGCUAGUGUUGCAUGUGGGAACUCGUCUACAAGCAGCUUUAGAAAAACUGCUAGAAGCUAUUACUGAGACCACUUAUCAGCUUGAUCAUGCCAGGAUCGCUCAGACAGAACUGGUCCGAGAAUCUCUCGCUCAGAAAGAGCUGAUUGCUAAUUUGCGUAAACACCAGGAAGAACUCCUUGAAAGACUUAAUGAAGAAUUGAAGGCCAGGGAGCAGCUGGCGUUGGAGCUUCAUAAAGCAGAAAGCAUCAUUGAUGGUUACACAGAAGAAAAGGCUAGUUUGGAAAGACAGAUACAAGAGAAAGCUGAGAGUCAGCAUCAGAUUACCCAGGAGCUCCAGCACACUAGUAGCCGCCUACAAGAACUGGAAGAGGAGCGACAACAACUUCAGCAUGAAAGAGAAUUGAUUUCAAGGCAACAAGUUGCAAUGAAAGAAAAUGCAGGAUCUGUUGAGCUCCGCCAGGUUGAAGCUGCAGAUGCAGCACCAGAAGCAGAAUUUCUGGAGGAAACAGAAAAGCUAAUGAAAGAAAAACGGGACGUGCAACGUCAGGCAGAGAAAGAACAGAGUGACCUCACUAAACAGGUGAAGAUGCUCGAGAGUGAAUUAGAGGAACAAGUGAACAUGACAGUGGAGAUGGAGCAGGAAAAGAAUGCUGAGAUUUUGGAUCUACAGCAACAGAUUUUGGCUCUGGAAAAACAGCUGGAGAAAAACAGAAAAUUCUUGGAUGAACAAGCAAUAGACCGUGAACAGGAGCGAGAUGUGUUUCAGCAAGAGAUAUUGAAAUUGGAGCAACAACUGAAAACUCCCCAAAGGCUCCAAACCAACAAUGACCAAAGAAGUAGAGAGAUGGACCAUCUGACUGAUCAGUUGAAAGACAAGACUGACCGAUGUAGUGAACUUCUGCUUGCCAAAGAGCAGCUUCAGAGAGAUGUGCAAGAACGGAAUGAGGAAAUUGAUAAAUUGGAAAACCGAGUCAGGGAACUGGAGCAAGCAUUGAUCAGUACCACUUACCCCUUACAGAAGGUUGAAGAAAGAAAACCACUGGUUACCUUAGAAGUCAAAGGGGAUAGUACACUUCAAACACAGCUGCAAGCAGAACGUGAUGCUCUAGAAAGAAAGGAGAAAGAGAUUGGAAACUUGGAAGAACAAUUAGAACUGUUCAGAGAAGAGCUAUUAAAUAAGAAUGAAGAAGUUCAGCAAUUGCAUAUGCAGUUAGAAAUUCAGAGGAAGGAGUCUACCACUCAACUACAGGAGAUCCAACAAGAAAACAAACAACUUAAGAAUGAGGUGGAAAACUUGCUGGCAUCUCUCAAAGAUUCAAGUGAAUCAUUUGAAAACCGUCACUCGCCUGUUGAGAAUUUAUCUAGAAAUCUCAAAGAAAAAGAUGAUGAAAUAGUAAAACUUAAUGAGCAAAUUAUAACAAUGCAGCAACAACUGGAAAUCUUUUCUGACAAUAAGCUUACUGAGAAAAAAAAUGAGCAGAUCAGGGACUUGGAAGCCCAAAUAGAUUAUCUUAAAAGUGACCAAGAACGUCUUAAAAAGCAUAAUGAGGAAGAGGUUGAACAAUUAAAUGAAGUUAUAGAAAAAUUACAACAGGAGCUGACAAAAGUAAUGCCUUUGGGAUUAGUUUCUUCUGACGAGGAAGAGAAUUUGAAGCAUCAGCUUGAUGCGAUGAAUGUGGAAAAAGAGCUCCUGCAGCAACAGAUAGAUAAGCAGAGAGAAGAGGUGAUAUUCACAAAGCAGAAACUUGAAGAGCAAAGCAAAAUGUUGCAAACUCGGGGAUUAGAAUUAGCAAAUAUCACAGUGGAGAAAAGGGGUAAUUUUCCAGAAGGUUCACGGGACACUAUAAACAAUGUGACAGUCCAGAUGCAGGAGCUGCAGAUUGCUAUCAAAGAGAAAGAAAAAGAGUUAGAUUUGUGUAACCUCCAAAUACAAAACCUAAAGCAACAGGCCCAGGCUGAAGCUAAAGAACAUGAGAAGCAAAUUCUUGCUCUGGAAGAGGCUCUCAGAGAAAAAGUGGCGACAGUUCUUGUGAGUCAGGUACAGUUAAAGGCUGUACAGCAACAAGUUGGGCUUUGCCUAGAGCAACAACUGAAUCAAAUCAACGGAAAAGGUCACAUUCCCAAUAUCAAGGAAGAUACUGUUUCGGUGCAGCAACUACAGGAAGGAGAACAAAUGCAGGAUGUUAAAACAAGUCUGUCAGUAGAACCACCUACUCAGCUAGAUACCACUUCCAUAACUGACCUGAUUGGAGAAUUAAAUCAGGUCAAAGCUGAAGCUGCAAUUACCAAAGAAGAAUUAAAUAGUUGCAGAGAGGAGACAGAAAAACUCCAGGAAGACUUGCAGGCAAAAGAACAAGUCAUAAUAAAUCUUCAGGAAAAGCUCAAUACUGUGACCAAAGCCUUAUGCAAAGCAGAAGAGAAAGCUGCUCAUUUUGAACAAGACAAGCAAACUCCUGAAGAGUGUGGAAACUUAGAUGACACUGAUAAACCAAGAAAUGGUUUAACUCAAGAAAGGCCAAUAAAAAUCCAAGCAAAUUCCACAUUACAAACUAAAAUACCAAUUGUGGAUGUUAUUGAAUUGGAAAAUGCCGAAGAACAAAUUAAGCCUUCACUUAUUCCUUCUUCAGAGGAAAUUACAAAUAUGAAAAAACAAUACUCUGAGAAAAUUGAUCAACUGAAAGAGCUACAUGCUGUUGAAAUGUACAAGCUGGAAGAACAGCACUCUGCUGAAAUGGAAACUUUGAAGAAAGACUACACAGCACAAAUAAAUGCACUGACUGAAAAAUAUGAUGCUCUCAAAACAAUGGUUCACAUUGGUAGAUCAGAACCAUUGGCAACAUUGCAACUCAGGGAUAAAGGAGUCAGUGAGCAGGAAUGUACAACCAUAUCAGAGGCAACCAGAAGGCAGAGCAAUGUUACUCAUGCAGUUCAACCAACUUUUGAACAAAGUACAGAGAAUCUCCCCGACAAAAUAAAGUCUUUACUUCAUGAAGUACAUCAAGAGGGGAUGCAGGUGUUGUCUCUUUCAGAAUCACCACACCUUGAAGGACAACUGCAACCACUGGAGAAUAACCCAAACUAUUGGCUUCAGGAAAGGCAGGGACUUCUGGAUGUUAUACAGUCACUUAAUGAUGUACUUUCCAAAAUUCAGGGCACUGGGGAAGCAAAGGCUUUAUCUGCUGAAAACAUCACAGACUGGCGACGCGAGCUACUGCAAGCUGUCCAGCAUGUUUUUAAUAAAGAACAUGAUGCCUUUAUAAUGGCUCUCCACGCACAGGCAUCAUCCCUGAAUAAUGUGGAUGCAAUGACGCUGUUGAGCUUGCUGAAAGAACAGGAAACUCAGAGGAGAGCAGAUGUGCAACUUUUAAUGACUGCAGAUCGGAAUAGCAUGAUGAUGGAAAUACGCGAACUUUGGUCUUACCUGCAAAGAGUCCAGCAGGGUGACAGGAAGCCCAUUGAUGUGCGAGAACACAGCACUCAAAGAAUGGAAUUACUAGAAAACAAUCUGAAGCAGAAGCAGGCUCAGAUUCUAACAUUACAAAUGGAAUUGACUACACUGAAGGCACAGGGGCCUGAAUUCCAAGACCAUCUGAAUUCGGAGAAGAUGCUGCUGGCAGAAUUGAAAAAUGAGCUUUCUCAAACAAAACUGGAACUUGAAACCACACUUAAGGCACAGCACAAACACUUUAAAGAGUUGGAGAUGCUGAGGGUUGAGUUAACUGACAAGGCAGCUGCUGUAGAAACGCUAAAUGCUGCACUGGCAAAUGAACAGAAGAGGUCACAGGAACUGGAAUGGGCAAUGGAAAAAGAAAAGCAUAAACUAGAUAGAAAAGAAGAGCACGACCGAGAAGAACUGGAGGAUUUGAAGUUGGCACUUGAGGAUCACAAGAGGAAACUUUUGAAGUUGGAGUGUGCUUUGGAAAAGGAUCGGGAAACGAUAAGUGAGCUGAGACAGAGCAUGGAUUCUGAGAAAGCCCAACAUAAAGCUGAACUGUCUCAGGAGAGAAGUCGCAUCACUGAACUCCAGGUUAUUUUAGAUGCUGAGAAAUCUAGAGCUUCUGAGUUAACCAGCGCACUUGAACAAGAACGUCAAUUCUCCAAACAACUUCAGAGUGCAGAGGAGAUGCAGGAAGCAAUGCGGAAACCAUCAGGGAAGUCUUCUGAGGCACUGAUUAGGGAGCUGCAGAAACAGCUAAAUGAUCAGCGUAACCGUACAGUGGAGUUAGUGAGUGAGAUGGAAAGGUACAAACUCGAAUCGCUUCAGUUGAGGCAGCGUCUUGAGGAGCAGCAACAGAUUCAUAGGAAAUCUCUGUUAAAAGAGCAGGAAUCUCACAGACUGGUUUUGGAGAAAGUGGGCUCCUUACAGCUACAAGCAAAGGAACUGCUACAACAACUGGAGAACGAAAAAUGUGAAGUUUUAAAAUUACAAAGAGAGGAGGGGAAAUUGAAAGAAGCUCUUCUAGCAUUACAGGGAAGUGAUCAAAUAGGGAGUCAAAAAGAAACAGAACGUCAAUUGGAGACAAAUGUUUCUGAGAAAAUUCAUCGGACGGAGGAAACUUGUAAAAUUGAGCCUUCAGCUGACAGAACAAAGAACUGGAUUAUUCAACAAAAGCUGGCAACAACAGAUUUGAGAAAGAAUACAUCAUUUUCUGACAGGCUUUGGUAUGCUCAUUCUGUCAGUGAUGCUGCAACUGAUAGAGGAAGCUGUGGGUCUGGAGAAAAUAUUAACUUGGAGGCCAUCAGACAGAAAAUACAGCUGAUUAUUUCCAAACUCUCAACAAUGAUCAACAAAGCCACUAACAGGAUUCAGGAUGCUGCUGAAACCACGGAUGAAAAUGACCUCAUUUGGUUACACAAUAGCAUUCAGGAUCUGGCUUUGCAGUUGCAGCAGCUACAAGUUCCUGUAGAGAAUAUAAUUCAUUCUACGGGAUCAGCAAGUAGUCUUAUUGAGCAAUUAUUAAGGCAGAAUGCAGACUUGACGGGUUAUGUUAGCAGACUCUCUGAAGAAAAGAAUGACUUACACAACAGUCUCCUGAAACUAGAAGAAGAGGUUCGAAAACACCGUCAUCUCAGUUCCAGCGGCGAGCAGCUAACUAGACGAUCUUUGGAUAACCAGGAUUGUGUUGACAUCCUAAUAAAAUCGGAGAGAGCAGCUUGGGCUAAGGAAGAAUCAAACCUUCAGCAGGCCCUGAAGCUGGCAGAGGCAGAGUUAGCCAAAAUGAAAGCUGAAGCCAGAAAUGAAGCUUUACAGACAGAACUGCUUGGGUCAUGCUCUGAAAGUAUUGCCGUAAAGAGAAUCUAUGGAAAAUAUCUGCGGGCAGAGAGUUUCCGAAAGGCACUAAUCUAUCAGAAAAAGUACCUGUUACUUCUGCUCGGAGGCUUUCAAGAAUGUGAGCAAGCGACGCUCUUGCUUAUUGCCCGAAUGGGUGGUCACCCGUGUUACACAAGUUUGCAGGUUAUUACAAAUCGUUCCAGAAGUUUUACCCGAUUCCGCUCUGUGGUCAGGGUAGCCAUAGCAAUCUCAAGAUUGAGAUUCUUGGUCCGAAGGUGGCAGAGAUCUUCUGGGUCAAGUAGCUUAAACAGGAAUGGUCAUGGCCAGAUUUUGGCUAAUGAACUAAGAAUGGAUUCUCCUUUUGUACAUUCUGGGACCAUGUCUUUGGAAUCAUCCUUAGCUAGAGAAUUAUUUGGAGAUCGUAGGCACUGCACAAGUAGACAAAGAUCUGGUCAAGAAUCCCCCAGAUCAGUCACAAAUUCUCAACACAGGUCUCAAUCCAGUCUACCUGAUUCUAGUUCGGGUUCUUUGGCAGCUUCACACCUCCAAAGCUACGACCCUGACAGAGCUUUAACAGAUUACAUUAAUAGACUGGAAUCGCUGCAGCGACGACUGGGAAGUGUGCAGUCAGGUUCAGCGUCUUAUGCACAGAUGCACUAUGGGACCAGAAGAUAGUGCCUUGGAAACUGCUUUUGACCUGAAACUGGAUUGCUUUUGAAGCUGUUUUGAAUAUUUUUCCUAUUAUUUUAUGUAUAUUGUGGGACUUCUGUGAACUGGAUAAUGAAAAUGCCUUGCCUGCAAGUCUAAAUGUAUUUUAUCCUUUAAAUAAGUUUAAGCUUCCAAUGUGCAGGAUACAAUCUGUCUAAAUAAUUUAAUUGUAUAUUUGUGGAUUGCUAAUUUAAACAUGAUUAUAACUUAAAGCUGUUUAUUUAAAGGGUAGAAGGAAAAAUGUUUAUUAAAUGAUUCCAAGCGCACUGCAGUCUUUCUGGUAGCUGCUGAGGUUACACUACAAGGUCCAUUAUAGCUUUGGCACAAUGGACAGUAAGUACAGUUUGUAGAGGAAUUAUUUUUAUAAUGGUAGAGGUUUUGAAUUAUAUGGGUAUUUUGUCAAAGUAUUGAAAUAAACAGGAAUUCAGAAUUCAGAUCUUUUAAAUCUGCACUGUUUUUUUCUCGGAACGAAGCUGAUUGCAGAACUGCGAUUUUACACUGUCAUAUAGAAUUUGAACAUUUUGACAUUCUCAAUUUGUUUUUGGAAGGGUAAUUUUCCUCUAACUCUUUGGAUUUAAAAUAUAUCUGAAACUGCAUUUGAUUCAUAGUACAAUAUCCAAAAGAUGUAAAAUAAUCAUAUAAUGACAGUAAAUGGCAAACUAGUUUAUAUGUGAAGCCAGACUAGACAUGCCUAGACAUCAUUCCUGAUGAAGAUGGCAGAGUUUGUCAUUGAAACAUCGGCUAAAAUCGAUACCUGUACCCAGCUGGUAGCCCAAGAGGUUAUUCAUGACAAGUAGUAUUUCAUAGUAGUACCAUAAAAACAUCAUGACUAAUUACUAUGUUUAAAUACUGAUGCACCAUCAAUAACUCACACUGAGACGUAAGGUGAGAUAUCGGCUUUUAUUGACUGGAAGAAGGAACCAGGAGUGAGUGUCUAUCAUACUAUGUCUUGGAGACUGAGGCCGAGCAUCAGGCCUCAGAUCGCCUUUAUACAGGGGCCUGUGGGAGGAGCCACAGGAGCAGUCAGCAAGGGGCAUGUCCAGACAGGCAGUUCACCACAAAUACUAAGCAUCGCCAAGGAAAAUCCAGUACUGCCUUUGAUUAUACAUUAUUAUUCCCAAUAAUGUAGUUGAGAAAAUAGUUCUAAUAUUCAGUAUUUGAAUGAAAUGUUGAUUUGGCCUAUGAAUUUAAGAUCUUGAUAGUUGAGUUAAUUUAGGCUAUGAGCAAGUUAUGAUUAAGAAUUAUUAUCCCCACCAGUGUUCUCAUCUUUGGAUGUUGCGAGAGCUUUGCUCACAGAGGAAAAAAAUAGCAAAUUCUGCAAGCUUACAAAUGGAAUAAUGUGUUGAAAAAUCAACAAACAUAAUUCUUGAAGCUCUUCAGUCACCCUCCUGACAUUAUGACUGCCAGCUAAUCUGCUCUCGUUCAAAUCAAGUUGCAGCAGGAUGGGCAUUUGUAUUGGAUUCUCUUCUUUGCAAGCUACCAACACAUCAUUCCCUAAGGAGCUCUUAUUAAUUUUGUUCUAAUGUGGUGCUUUCAUUUUCAUGUAUUGUUUGAAAGCAUAUCAGGUUCUACACACACAGUGACCAUUUGUUAUACUAUAUGUUUGAUAUGCAGUUCCUCCAAUCUCAACCAUUCUCAUGUGCUUCAGUGCAGUUACUUCCACUCACAUAAACACAUUCAAACCUCAUUAACUAUCAGUCAAUGAUGCUGUGGUCAUUAACCCAAAUGUCCUAGACAUUUUAAUUUCAAAAUUUAAAUUCAGAUGCUUGACUGCCUUUUUCCGUACCUACCUACAAACCUUAAAUUUCUUCUUCCAGAUCUGAAUUACCAUUUCCCCACCUGCAGUCUUUUUUAAUUGUCCAGACCUUAGGAGGGCUUUGCAAAAUUUCUAUCAAGAUGUUUAAACCAUUCCAGUAUGACCAAUCAUUAGGUUACCUUUUGUAAUAAUUGUGAAACACAUGAGACAUUAUUAAAGUGUUAAUGAUGGUAUGUAAA